CAUGAAUGACACUCCAUCACCGGUGGCUGAACAUGAAAGACACUCAAGACCCCAAGUAAAACUGGAAUUGAAACCGACCAAGCAGAACUCAACUUGACUCGACUGCCGGCUGUCUGAAGUGAUCGGGCGGCAUUACAAAUCGUUGUAUCUGAUAUUAGUAAAAGUGAAAGUAAUUGCAUACUUCCAACAUGUCAUCCGCGUUGACGAACCUCUUGCAAUCGCUGAGGAUUGUGCCCUUGGGGCAUGGGAAGUCCAGUAACCAGGUGGUGGUUGUGCCGAGCAAAAAGGAACGCCUAAAGCUGGAAGAUCUGCCGGAGAUCACUUUGGAGGAGGUGGCCCAGCACGACAGCUUCGACGACUGCUGGGUGGUGAUCUACGACAGAGUUUACGAUGUGACGCACUUUCUGAGGGAUCAUCCCGGCGGCGACGACGUCAUCAUGGAUCACGCAGGACGAGAUGCCACCAUCGCCUUCCAUGGCACAGGACACUCUGGGGAUGCCAUCGAAUUGAUGAAGGAUUUCCUGAUCGGCCAACUUCCCACCAAGCAGCACAUCUUUCGCACUGGCAAAAACAAGGUUUUGUCCCUGGGCAUACCGGAAUAAUAAUAUAAUGCCAGCCGAUUUUGCACCGAUCGCCUUCGCCGCCGUCCUCCAUGUCGUAUAUGUCUAUAUAUAUUUUUAGAGUAUUCAUCGCCUAGUUUUCUAGUUGUAAUCAGCCUAUUUCGAAUUCCGCUAAACGGCUUUCGCUUAAUCAUCAAAAACCAUUCAGCCAACUAUGUAUGUUUAUAUGUUAAAUAUUUUUGCCAAGACUUGAAACGGAUCUAAGAUUAAAUUAUUUUUAUUGUGA